AUGCAGAAGCCGCUGCUCAAUUGGGUCGACAAUACGUAUGUCGCCACGACAGAGUGGGACCUCAAGCUCGUGAGCGACACGACAAAGUUCAUUCCGGUCACAUCCCCAGCGACCGGCGAGAUUGUCAGCUAUGCCCCUCUGUCCAAACGAGAGGACGUUGAUCUGGCGGUGGCGAGCUGCAAGAAGGCUUUUGAGGCGUGGAGAUCCCGCACCGUCAAGGAUCGUAUCCAGAUCAUGAUCCGUCUCCACCAACUCAUUGUGAAGAACGCCGAUCACAUCGCCGACCUGAUUGUGCUCGAACAUGGCAAGAACCGCACCGAGGCGUUGGCCGAGAUCGCCAAGGGCAACGAGACUCUUGAGUUUGCACUGUCGUUGCCCCAGCUGAUGCAGGGACAUAUUCUCGACGUCAGCCGUGGAGUGGCAUGCCGCGACUCGCUCAAUCCCCUCGGCAUCGUGUGCUCGAUUGUUCCAUUCAACUUUCCCUUCAUGGUCCCGUUCUGGACGCUCCCGAUCGCUAUCACGACGGGCAACUGCUUGGUUCUGAAGCCUUCCGAGAAGGUUCCGAUGACCAUGACGUAUGUGAUGACCUUGAUGAAGGAGGCUGGUUUGCCGGACGGCGUCGUCAACCUGGUCCAUGGCGGUCCUGAAACCGCACGAAUGCUUUGCGAGCACGCAGAUGUCAAUGCGGUCACAUUUGUGGGCACUUCGGCCGUCGCCGAGUUGCUGAUGAAGCAAUGCCGGGGUCUCAACAAGCGUGUCCUUGCGCUAGGCGGGGCCAAGAACCACCUCGUUGCCUAUCCGGACUGCAACAUUGACAUGACAGCCCAGGACGUCGUCAGUUCGUUUACGGGCUGCUCCGGACAGAGGUGCAUGGCUGCAUCGGUGCUACUCUGCAUUGGCGAGCAGCCGACCCUCAUCGAGAGCAUUGUGGCAAAGGCCACGAGUCUGACUGCCGGACAGAGCACCGGUCAAGUCGGCCCUGUUAUCGACGAGGCCUCCCUCAAGAGAAUCAGCAGCUACAUUUCUCAGGCCGAAGAAAAUGGAGAGAAGAUCCUGCUUGACGGACGCAAGUGGAUGAACAAAGGAGGCAGCGGGUUCUGGAUUGGCCCGACUAUUAUUUUGCACAACAACCGCAGCGACCCUGCCCUGCACGACGAGAUUUUCGGCCCGGUCCUGAGCAUCCUGGCGUGCGACUCCAAGGAACAGGCCAUCGAGAUUGAGAACGCCAAUCCAUAUGGAAAUGCCGCAUGCAUCUACACCCGAGAUGGCGGGGUUGCCGAAUGGUUCACCAAGCGCUUCGGUGCUGGCAUGAUUGGAGUCAACAUCGGCGUCCCGGUCCCUCGCGAGCCGUUCUCGUUUGGCGGCAUCAACAAGUCGAGCUUUGCUGACUCGGACAUUACGGGAGUCGACGCUCUCAACUUUUUCACCUACAAGAAGAAGGUGACGACCAAGUGGGCACCACCCGAGGAGAUUUCGUGGCUGACGUAG